AUGGCUUGGGGUGCCAACGAGCUCACAGCGAAGCAGAGACAGAGCGUCAAGCUUCUUGACAAGUACAAGUGCCGUAUCUGUGAGAAGUGGAAGGAGCCCGCCAGUUUCUCGAAGAAGGAGUUGAACGGAUAUACCUGGAAGGUUACCAACGGAACAGCGGUCAAUGGCGUCUCGGCCAAGUUGAGAUGCCGUCCAUGCUCUGGUGGUCCUCUGCAGGAGAAGUGCUGCGAGGGACCCUGUGGAAAGUGGAAGGAUCUACAAAAGUUCAGCAAGUCUGCUCGCUCGGCCGGUGGUAAUCAGUGGUGUCAGGAUUGUACUUUGUGGAAGCUGUCUAACGAACCAGGUGUACCCGCGCAGGCAGCCCCAACAGGUGACUUGGCACCAGACGAGGAUGAAAAUUACGUUGCGGCAGGCGGCCACAUGGCAGCUGUUAACUACGUUGAUCCUGAGGCUGGAUAUGACAGUGAUGAUGAGGGAUACGACUGGACUUACAAUGCGAGUCCGGCAGCACCUUUGGAAUGA